CGACGAGCGAACACAGGUACCUCGGACGCAGCGCGACGAAAGGAGGCCCCAUCAACUGGACAUGGAACCAUCCAGCACUCGCGACUGAUUGCAUGAGGCGGACGUGUUUGCGUCUAUGUCUAGGACAUCACCAUGAACAACAUACGACCGUCGUUGCCUCCACUUCCUGGUGUGGAUUGGACCAAGCGCCUCAACCAAAACGGGUCAACGUUCUCAUCCAUAUGGAGCUUUGGCGAAGAUGACGACAUUCGAAUCGAAGACGUCGACAUGUGGCACGAAUGCAAUCAAACCAUGCAUGAUUCUGACUCUCAGUCCAAGAACGACGAGGUUCCCAGCAACCAGGGCGACGAGCUCAUUUGGAUCGUGAAACACACGCGGGAUAUCCACGUCAGUCCUCCAAAGAGAAAGUACUUCGCACUGCCGGCAUUCCAAGCCCUCAAGGAUCCAAUCCAGCUACAGCCGCAAAAUGACUGUGACGACGAUGUGUGGCCUCCACAGGAACCCCCUAAAACACAAAAGAAACGAAAGGCAAACACAAUUUGGUGGCCGGGUGACUGGAAAUGCGGUCGCUGUGGCAACCACGUAAACUGCAUGAUAUUUGUUUGGGGAUUGAGAUUUUUACACAACCUCACGAGGCACCACCACAGAACUUUUCCUACAGGUACUUUUAUCGUCCAUAAUUGGCAUGCCCUUGCGCAUUAUGUCGAUCUUGGACGUAGAGAGCAAUGCAAGCGGUGCAAGUUUGGAAAAUGUGACGCGGGCGUUGAUGACAUCUCCUCACAUCUGUGGCGCCCCAUCUUGUCCUCGCUACCCCCCUCUGACCCCCCGUUUGAUGUAUUGACCACGAGAUCGUGUGUGUCUACAGGGAUCCUUUGUACCAAGAGAACGACGAGACCCCCGCGUCUUUUUUGCCAUCUCCACCCCCCCAUUCCCCACCUUCCUUUUGUCCCUCUGGAUACAUUGUGGACACUCAGGCGCUGGUCCCCAUGAACUCCCCCGACGAGUACAGCUGCAGUUCGACCGACUCUGAGCCUUCGUUUGAACUCGACAGCCCUCUUGGCGUUGACAACAAUUUUGGUUGACGUCAGCAUUUAUAACAUCACAUACAUGUUUUAGUUCCA